AUGCCUGGUGUGCUUACACGCAACACGCGGGUUCCGCGUGGCCACUCAGACUCGUCCACACCUGCCACGGGCACCACGAAGUGCAACAAGCUCUCCAAGGCGCAAGCCGCCGGGAAACAAUCACAGACAAGCGCGCCCUUUACCCCGCGUAGCUCCAACAUCGAAAUUGUCCUUCCGUCAAGGAAGAGGAAGGUUCAAGAUGCGGCCGAAUGCAAAUCGAAGAAGAUCCGCUUCGAGCCCGAAACAUCCAUCGCGCCUGCUACUCCCGUGUCGAGAAAGCGAAAGGGCGCCAGGUUCGCAGAGCCGGAUGCUGCUGCUGCUCCCAGCACACCCAAUUGCGCGGCACCAACCCCUUCAUCUAGGCGCAAGCGCCGUUUUGAGUCCGACGAGACCAGCCAAGCGGAGGAGCUGCUCGAGCGACUCAACCUUCAAUCCUCCCCCGUCAGCAAGCGAAGCAAGACCACCGUCCACCGCCGGGCUCCGCAAAAUGACUUCGACCUGCCCAACGAGCUGCUUGAUCUCCUAGAUCUUCACGAGGCCUUCCUCAAGACACUCAACAUGCAAUACGCGCACAACGGCACAACCUCGCCCAUCGACCUGCGCACCCUCUAUACGAGUGUGACGCGCGCCUGGGGGAAGCGCCAUGUGAUGCUCGACGACAUUCAGCGGUGCGUCGGUGUUCUCUCAUGGACACCGACAAGAACCAUGGGCGCCCAGCCCACCGCCCCCUUCUACCUCACCGACUACGGCCGCGACAAGAUCUGCAUCGAGUUCCACCCCUCGGCCGAGCGCGGCCCGCUGCGCGAGCCCAAGCUAAAGAUGGAUUUUGAGGCCAACCUGCGUACCCUCUGGCUCAGCCGCAGCAACAACAUCCCCCCGACCAUCUUCAUCGGCACGCUCCCUAAGGCACCCCUCCACCCGAAAAACGCGAGCAUGAUGAACCCGCUGCUCGCGGCCUCCGCCAAGACCCAAACGACCCUUGACGCCUUCAAGCAGAGCAUUGCCGAGAAGAAGCAGCAAGACGAAGCUGCCAAGAAGCAAGCAGCCGCCGCCGCCGCCGCCGCGAACGGCCCCUCGGGCGGAUCGCUGCUCGACCGCAUCCGCCUCAAGGAGACCCUCGCCUCCCAGUCGCCGCAGAACGAGCCCACCGCGGCGGAUCUCCAGCGCCGACGCGCGCUGCAGCGCGCCGCGGACGUUGCCGCCGUCAUCGGCAUGCUCUGCAAAGCCACAGUCGCGACCGGGUCCGGCCAAGCCCGCGUGUCGUUCUCCAUGGCGGCACUGAUGGUGCGGCUGAAGGAUUCGGUGCGCACACCCGUCUCCCAGGAGGACGGCAUGCUGUGCGUGCGGCUGCUGGCGGCCGAGGUGGCACCGCACUGGUUGAAGAUCGUCAAGAUCGGCGGGAGGGAGAAUGUCGUCUGUACGAUGGGCAUGCAACCUACCAAGGCGGAAGUGGAGGAUCGAGUGAAGGCUUUGUUGGGGUAG